AUGUCUGCUUUGAAAGAUUUCAAAUAUAAAGAAAGUGAAGAUGGGGAAUUACCUUCCCUGGUGACUGGUUCUGAAACAAACUUGAAUGAGAUUUUAAGUAAUGUUAAAGGUGAUGGAGGUAUUAAUCUAGUCAAUAUUGAAAAAGUUGAUAGGUGCAAUCAGCAGAUCUCUGCACCUUCUAAUGAUAGUAUCUUCAUGGAGAAAAAAAUUCCUGUGACUAUUAUUACAGGUUACUUGGGAUCCGGAAAAUCAACUCUUCUGGAGAAGAUUGUACUAAAAGGAUCCGAUAUGAAAAUUGCAGUUAUUCUAAAUGAGUUUGGUGAUUCCAGUGAAAUUGAAAAGGCAAUGACAAUAAGGAAUCAAGAAUCUUCUACUCAAGAAUGGUUGGAUUUGGGGAAUGGUUGUCUUUGUUGUUCGUUGAAGAACGUUGGUGUUAAAGCCAUAGAAGAUAUGAUCGCAAGAUCACCUGGUAAGAUUGAUUAUAUUCUUCUGGAAACCUCGGGGAUUGCAGACCCUGCUCCUAUUGCGAAGAUGUUUUGGCAAGAUGAUGGAUUAAAUAGUAAUGUGUAUAUCGAUGGUAUUGUUACAGUAUUGGAUUCAGAACAUAUUUUAAAAUGUUUGGAUGAUAUAUCACCUGAAACCCACUGGCACGGCGAAAAUGUUAUUACUAAGGAGAACUUAACCAUUGCACAUUUCCAAAUAGCUAUGGCUGAUGUGAUAAUAUUAAAUAAGUUUGAUAAGAUUGAAAACAAUGAAAAACUGAUUAAUGAAGUAAAUGUAAAAAUAGGUCAAAUUAAUUCGACUGCCAAGAUACAUUUCACAAAAUAUGGUGAAUUACCAUUAAAUUAUAUUAUAGAUUUGCAUUCAUAUGAUAGAGUAAAUUUUACUAAUAAUGAGAAGUUAAUGGCUAGAUCUACUUUACAUGAUCCAAGGAUGAGUUCCGUCAUGUUGACAUUUAGGCCCUUCAAAAACAAUGACGAAUUUCUUCGAUUUGAAAAAAAAUUCUUACAAGUAUUGCUGUGGAAGGAAUUCGGUGUAACAACUGACACAUUUAAUAAUAAUAUGAAGAAGGAAUGGGAAAUUCAACGAACAAAAGGUCUUAUAGUGAUAAAUAAUGAAAAUUCGAAGAGUAAAGAUGAGAAAAUCGUUAAAGUGAUCCAAGGUGUAAGAGAUACUUAUGAUGUCCUUCCAGGCCAAAGCGAAACAUCGAAUUGUGAUGAAUGUAAGAUUGUAUUCAUAGGAAAAUAUUUGGAUCAAGAGAAAAUUCAAGACUUUUUAAGUACUGUGAUAAAUUAA